CUGAACAUAAUAUCAACACUUGCUACCAAAGCUACCAAACGACAGUAAACACUUAAACAGAGAGGACAAGUCUUUGAUAUCUAUAUAUAUUCUCUGAUAAGCAGUUGGACAAAGACAGGCAGUUCCAUAUCUAACCUAACCUUAACCUUUAUAUACGGUUUCACACGUGUAUCGUCUCAAUAGUAAAAAUAUUACAGUAGGUCAUGUUUGAUUCAUGGUUUGAUUUCAACGAUUGGGGACAGGACCAUUUAAUAACCUAAAACUUUAUAAUAUUGAAUAUACACGUUGUAUGGAAUUUAUCAAGUAAAACCAUAGUCAUGUUUUUAUGUGGCCUUUGCUGGAAGUAAUAAUAAAUACGUCCACACUGUUUGUAUGUUAAUUCUCAUCCUUCUUUUCAUGACAAUUUGACGUUGAUGUAAACGUUGAAAUUAAAUUGAAAACUCAGUUUUUAAAAAUAUCGCUGAGAGUCUCGGUCUCGUAAAACUCGAUAUUCUCCGAGUUAAUUUACUUUCAUGAAAUAUCUUUCAUCUACAUGAAGAGUAUAUAAAAACAAUGUCUAAGGAGUUCAGCCAGUUAUCAAAACGACAUAAAUCUCGUUUGAUUAGAGAAGAAGUUUCAAAUUUGUCAACUUUUUUAGCUCUAGAAAUCGACGGAAAUGAAGAAACAGAAGUAUGUAACGAUGCCUCUACUGCAACAAAUUUUUUUGUUAAUGAUUGCGAUAUGUCAGAUGUAGAAACUGGGAAUUUUGAAUAUUCUAUUGAUGCCUGUUCCGAAGUACCAAGUAAUUCAAAUGAUGUCUUACCUGAAAUAAAUGAGAGUGUUAAUGAGAAUGCUAUUUUGGACCAUUUAGAUGAUUUUGACAGCGAUGUUGUUUAUAGUGAUUUGUCCGACGAAGACGUAUAUAACAGUAAUUAUGAGUCUGAUAGUAGUUGUAACAGCGAAAAUGAUUUAGCUAGUGAAUUACAAGACAUUGUUUCAGAAGGUCAUUUAAGUCAAAAAAUUACAAAUAAUUUACUCCGAGUUUUACGAAAGUAUGGUCAUGGCGAACUUCCGAAAGAUAGACGGACACUGAUGAAAACUCCCAAGAAUAUCUCAUUUGAGCUAGAUCCACUUGGUGAAGGCAAUUCAUCUACACUGGAGGCAGAAUAUUUUCCUCCGAUGGAAUUAUUAUCUAAUAAAAAAUAUGUACUUGGCUUAGUUGAAUUACUAACUUCCAAUUCAAUUCCUAAUAUUGAUUAAGUGAAAUAACAAGCAGCUUUGAAGUGAGUUUUAAACAAAACGAUUCAAUUGGUGAAUUAUUAUAAUAAUGUGAAUCCUAUAGGAUUCAGAAUUGAAUGUAACAUUACUACUGGUGCAUACAUAAAUAAUAAAAAGGUACACACAAUUCACGAGUUUUUUCCAAUCGUUCAAGC